AUGGCUUUUCCUGGGCGGGACACUGGUACUCUUGAUGGCAUGCGCUUUCCACGACCUUCUUGUAGCUCAAAAGCUAUAGGAAAAGGCAAUAUAUAUGGCGACGGUGGAGAUGAGCACGACCUCGGCUUUGGUAGUGGUGCUGGUGGUGGAUAUGUUUUUGGUGGCGUCGUUGGAGGUGGGAAAGAAAUCUGUGAUGGUGGUGGCGGUGGCGGCGGAUACAUUUUUGAUGUUCUUGGAGGGGGUGGUAAAGAAAUCUCUGAUGAUGAUGGAGGUAAGAUUCUUGGCUUUGGUGGUGGUGGUGGUAGGUUCAUAUUUGGUAUUCUUGGAGGAGGUGGCAAAGAAAUCUCGAAGGGUGGUGGAGGUAAGACUCUUGGAUUUGGUGGUGGUGGAUAUGUUUUUGGUGACACUGGGGGUGGUAAAGAAAGCUGUGAUGGUGGUGGAGGUAAGACCAUUGGCUUCGGUGGUGAUGCUGGUGGUGGAUACAUAUUUGAUGUUCUAGGAGGAGGUGGUAAAAAAAUCUCUGAGGGUGGUGGAGGUAAAACCGCUGGCUUUGAUUGUGGUGCUAGCGUUGGUGGUGGAUACAUUUUCGGUGUUCCUGGAGGAGGCGGAGGUAAGAGCAUUGGCGGCGGCGGAGAUGGUGGCGGUGGCCGGAGAGGUGGAUAG